UUAAGCGACUAAACUAAAAGUUAACAGAAGUCAUACCUAUGAGUUGCAAUAGAUAUACUUCCGAUACUAUCACCGCAAAACCGGGCUAGUUUUGUUUCACAAUUAUCUAUCCGUUUGUCCGUCUAUUCGUCAUCAUCCGCACACGACAUAUUGGAAUAAUGAGGAAGUUUUAAGUUCAGUACAACAUUUUCAUUGUUGUUGUUGCAGUCAGUCAGUCAGUCAGGCACACUUUGAAAAUCCGCACACAUUCAUUCCUUCGUUCAACUAAAGCUAACCCCACACUGAAUUUGACUCUAGCAUGACCGCAUGAAUAGAUGUCACUUAAGUAUGCCCAUUAGAAAUGAAUCCCAUUCGGCUAAAUACUUUCAAGUGAGAUAGGCACGCGAUUCAAUUGUCACACUUGUUGUGGCUGAAAAUCUACAACUUGCAACCACUCAAAAAUAUUUAAAAAUAUAAAGCUGCAAACUGUGCUGCAGCCAGCCCUUUACUGCAGUUUAACCAUACAUUUUAAAGUAUCUAACCAAGUUCUCGCGGAUAUCUAUCACAAAGAAAGCAGUGGUCUAAAAUAUUGAAAACAAAUACCUGAACAAAUCUGAAUUUGUUUGUAUUCAAAAAGUUAAUGUUCGUUAUUUUUUCACCACUUAAGUAAUUUGAAUGAAUAUUUUUGCCAUUGAAGAGAAUUAAACAUUAAACUUAGUAUACGCGCGCACGGUUAACUGUUUAAAGAGAGGAAAUAAAGUGAUUAAAACUUAUUACAUUUCUUAGUAUAGGUAUACAGCUAAGCGGACAACUUAAUUUUACUACGAUAAAGACUCAAUUACGACAAGUCUUGUAAUUUGUGAUAAAAAAUAUUUAAAGCGAUUUGUUGCGACUUAAUAUUAGUGAGCCAAAGCAAAGUGUGUUUUUUACUGCAAAUAAUAAAUAAUGUUGAUUUUUUUUAAAAGUGCCUUAUUUUUAUGUAUUUCAAUUUAAAAAAAUAAAAAGAAAAAGGUUUAGUUUAAAAAAUAACCACAACGGAAAGUGAUGAAUAGAAUAAUUAUGUAUAAAAAGAGAUGAUUUUAAUUUCAUAAUGUUGAGGAAAUACAUCAACUCACCAGCAGCAUCAAUAAUUGGAUUAGGAAUUACGUUGCUUUGGCUUAUUAACAUCACCGAUGCCUAUAUGAACUAUACAGCUAAGCCUCGAGUGGUACUUCCUCACAACUAUGUCAAGGAAAUUCGGCCUCCUUCUAGAAAAGGCGCACCCGUGAUAGUGGAUUUUAGCAUAUUUGUUGUAGAUAUUAAUUCAAUCAAUGUAGAGGAUAUGGACUUUAGAGUAGAUAUGUUUGUACAUCAAAGGUGGAUGGAAUCCCGACUAGACAUAUCAGAUGACAUAUUCGAAGAGGGUGAUGAUUAUGUAACACUACUUCCGGAAUUUUUCGAUAAUCUAUGGCAACCAGAUCCUUAUUUUUUAAACUCAAAAAUAGCAGGAUAUGGAAGCCCCUACAUUGCAACUACGUCUUUGCUACGUUACAAGAAAGACAGAGAAACGAAAAACUUUCAUCUAAAUAAAGAUUUAAAAAUCGCUACCCUUACACACAAAUUCACAUCUGUUACUCUAUACAAAAAUAAAACAAUCCGAUAUGCAGCAAGAAUGCAUGCAAUUAUCGCGUGUCAAAUGGAGUUUCAGCUUUACCCAAUGGAUAUACAAGUUUGUCCCAUAUACAUUGAGAGUUUUUCUUAUAGUAACCAAAAGGUUAAACUUCGAUGGUCAGACUCUGGCGUUACUCUGAAUCCGGAAUUGAAACUUCUUCAAUACAAUUUAGGACAGCCAUUGGAAACGGAAGAAAGCGAUGGUUAUAUGCCUGAAAAAGUCGGAAAUUUUUCUCGUUUAACUGUGUAUUUUCGGUUUGAACGACAAAUUGGACAUCAUUUAAUUCAAACGUUUGCUCCAUCGUCUCUGGUUGUAAUGCUUUCUUGGUUUAGUUUUUGGCUAGGAUUAGAUGCAAUACCAGGAAGAGUAACACUCCUUGUUACAUGUAUGUUGACAUUAGUAACUAUGUUUACGGGUCUAAGGGCAGAUAUCCCACCAGUUGCAUACGUUAAGGCACUGGAUUUAUGGAUGGCAGGUUGUAUGGUGUCUGUUUUUGCUGCACUAGCAGAAUUUGUUGUUGUUAAAGUUUUGGAGGUUCAAUACCAAUAUCAAAUAAAUAAAGUGCCUAAAGUUCUUCCAAUGCGAAUAAGUGCAAUGGAGAAAGGUCAAUGUGCAACUGUUGCAAACUGGGAAAGUGGAGCAGUUCGAUCGCGGAAAGCUACUCAAACUCCAACAACACCUGGACAGACUUCACUUCAGGGUAACGGUGGACCACCGAAAACUGCCCGUCGGCAAAGUUUACUCUCGGUUGCAUGGACGGACAUAGACACUGGAGUAGAGAAGAUAAUGUGGCGGGAAAUAGACAAAGUCUCUCGAGCGGUUUUUCCGAUUUUAUUUUUUGUUUUUGUAUUAUUGUAUUGGCCGAUAUUGUUGUUAAAAUCGUCCUAGGAUUUAGGGAGCUCCAGAAUAUCGCUUUCUGGACUCCAAUAACAAAAUAAAAAUAAAAAUUUAUUACAAAGUAAAUCUUAUUCAAUUGAAACUAAGUUUAAAAUCGAAUAAGGAAUAAUUUUCACCUCGCUCAACAAAACGAAAACUUAAAUAUUUAACUAAAAAAUAGAUACUUUUUAAGCAUUAUUACAAAAAAAAUUAAUAAAUUUAAAUUAAUUCAACUUUAUUUUUUCAAGAAAAGAAGCUACCAUACAUACAUAGUUAUACCUUUUUAUCUGCACAAGUUCCUGUAAAACACCAAGUUUAGUUCCGACCCGUUAUAAUAUAUUGUUUCAUUCAAAAAAUCGUCUUUGCGACCUCCCCACU